ACGUGUUAGUUUAAAUGAUGAAAGCAUAAAACUUAGUCGAUUUUUGAUACCAUAGAUCGAAUAAUUAUUGCUCCUCAUCAUCUUUUAAAAUGGCAACCACCUCCACAGUAAAACUUUUUUUUAGUCUUACAUCCGUUCUUCUGUGUGCCGUCAAUGCUGCCCCUUCAUCCAAGUUGCGUAAGUGCUAAAUUUACGAUAAAUAUGUUUUUGAUUUUAAGUGGAGAGAGGAAUGUAUUGAUUUUACAAUGAUAGUUACCUAUCUAUUAUUAUAUUUUUUUUUCUGUAGACAACUAUUCUACCUGCAAUUUUGCUCCGAUUUUCAAGUAUAGCACUUUUUCUGAAAUAAAAUCUGAAUAGAGUUGUUCCUUUAGAAUGUUAUUUUUUGAUUUCGUAACAAUAAAUUUUAUGUUUUCAAUUUUUUGUUUUUGUUUUGUUUUUAUUCAGUUAAAGAUAUUUGUAAAGACUUGAAGUUUGGAGAAAAAACUUAUAUGUACUUUUUAUAGACGUGGUCGAAUUUUCAAAACAUUGUACCUAUUUUCGAACUAUUUAUAAACAUUUAAAUUUUAUGGGGAUUUUUAGAUAGUUUUGUUCUAUAGUACCACUGGGUAACUUCCCUUAUCUGAAAAAUUCAGAUAAUUUCAGUAAAUUAAAUUUUUUUUAAAUUAAAAUUGUUUAACCAAACAGAAAUGCUAGAAAAUUGAAUAGGAGGUUCAUUCUAAGUUGUACUUUAUAGAAUAAAAAAUGUAUUAUUUCCAAAUAGUAAAUAUUACGGCCUUUCAAAACAUGUGUAUCCGAAAUUCACUCAGAAUGGUAACAAAGAUUAAUCGUUGCAUACAGAUAUACAUUAAAUACUAUGUAGAGGCCCAAUCAUCAUACGAGUAUAUCGAUAUCUUUUUUUUUUAUUAAAAAUUAGCCAAAAAAGGUGUAACUGGACUAAUUGAUAUUUUUGCAUAUAACUACAAUGUAAAAAUAUCAAAUAGUCCUGUUAUACCUAGUAUAGUAUACUGUAAUUUUUUAUAAUCUCAGCAAAGCUCUUUAUCAAAAGACUUCCAAAAACACCAUCAUUCUAUAGUAAAAUGUAAAAUUGUAAAAUAUAUAUACACUAUAAUACAUAAUAUAUAUAUAUAUAACUGGAAAUUUAACUUGACAAUAAUAUUUUUUAUUCAUUUUUAUUUUUUUAAUUGUAGAUGAACAAUAUCUGAAAUUUUUAUCUCAUACAUAAUUCAGAAUUUUUCUUAAAAUUGACUGGUGUUUUUUUAAAGCUUUAUAUUUAAUUUUAUUAAUAAACGAAAAAAAAUAGUUCUGUAUAUUACAACUUUUUUAAUUUACGUGAGAAUUGUAACCAUUGAAUUUGUAAUAAAGUUAUAGUUUACUUUAUAAAAAAAAAUAUAAAUAGAAUCUAGUGGUAUAUAUAGAGAGGGGCACAGUUUGCUGCAGACCCUCCCGAAAUUUCUUUCUCGACUGAUUAUACUAGUAUAAUUAAAUAUAUUUUAUGGUUUUAUUUUGGAUUUCUUAUUAUUUUAUAAAUGGUUUUUUCGUUCAUCGUGUCGACAACAAUCCCGUAUGACUCGUUAGUUUCAACAAAAUACAACUUUGUUUUCCCUAGAUAUCUUAUGCAACUUUCCCUAAUUUUUAAAAUCAUUGUUCAUUAUAGCCUCCCUUGAAAAUAUUUUAUAUAUUACUUAACCUAACCUAUUAUAGUGUUUGUGAACAAAUCGCAGUUUUUCGAGAUUUUUUAAUAUUCAAUUAUAAUAUUAUAUUUGAUUUUGUGUUCUAAUAAUUAAUGCCGGAUAAAAAAUAAUAAUAUUCAAAUUGUCGGUUUUUCCUUUUGCAGAUUAUUAUUUUCAUAAACUAUUAGAUUGAAUAUUUUUUUUUCUAACGAGUAUAUUAGACAUUGCAAUUUUUUAUCGUCACUCUGUUUACUAUAUUAUUAUACUAUUUCAGCGAAAGAUUUUGUAGUUUGCAAACUAAAAGAUCCAGCUUUAAACGAAUGCAUCAAGAAUGGACUGCAAAGCAGCAUUCCUUUAUUAUCAAAAGGUAAUGUGUUUUGACUUUAUCAUACCGUUCAAUAAAAUAUCUUAACGAUAACUUUAAUAUUUAUUAAAAACAUUGUAACAUUAAAAUAUCAUUUGUUACUUUAAGGUGUCCCGAAUCUUGGUUUACUACCGCUCGAUCCAAUGCGAAUUACUACUUUGGAUAUAAAUCAAGGCACGGGAUCUGUUAAAAUUAAAUUGUCCUUAAAGGACGUUGAAAUUUUAAAUUUCCACACAUUGGUUAUCGAUGAACUAAAGUAAGUGAUGCUGUUAUAAAACUUCGUUGGUGACAUAUUAAUUUGUUAUAUUAAAUAGUUGUGAUCCAAAGACUUACUCGUUAAAUUUAACAUUACACACUAAAGAACCAAUAAGAGUGGAAAGUCUGUACACGUCAAAGGGAAGCAUAUUAAUUAUGCCAAUAAAUGGAAACGGAACGUUAAAAAUAGCUUACGGUAAAUUCCGAUAAUAUCGCACUAUAUAGCUUUAAUAUUUAUAUUAACAGAAAAACGCUUAAAAAAAAAAAAAACACUUAAAAAAAUUUAAAAUAGUAGAAAUGAUAGAGGCAUUUAAAAGUUCUCCAUUUUAAAAGUUUUUUUUAAAAUAAAAUAGUUCUUAUUACAAAAAAAUUAUUUUGUGUUACUCAUUUUUAUAAUGUUGAAAAAUUCUGUGACAAGUUAAAAAUCUUAGAGGGGAUUUAAACAUUUUUUUAAAAAAAUAUUUUAUGUGCCUUUGGGACUUUUUUUAAAAGUUUUUAAGCGGUUUUUUUUCAUGGAUUUAAAAAAAAUAUAAAUCCGGUUUGUAAUUAUAACAUAUUUCAAUGGUAUAUUUAUAUGUUUAGACGAUUUUAAAGCGAAUAUACGUAUGGUUUUUAAGCCAGAAUUAAAAAAUGGUAAUACAUAUUUAGUGAUCGAGACAUUCUACUGGGGAUUUACUACUUCAAAAAUGCAUCAGAGCUACACUAAUUUAAUUGGUGGAAAUAAAGCGUUGAGUGAGUAUUAAUAUAGUGUAAUUUAUUUUGAUCGUUAUUUCAAUACUUACCUACAUGUACUUGACUAUUAUCUUUAAAAAAAUAAUGAAAUGGACAAGUGUUUUUGAUUAUUAAAAUAAAAAAUCAUAAUAAAAUUAUCUACAAGGUUGUUCAUGCAUGACGAACAAUCCCAAUUUUCAUUCGAAAACUUAAUUCCCAUUUCCGUCUUUUUGUAGUAUAUGGGGUUUUUAAUCAAUUUAUCAAAAAUCUGAUGAAAAGUUAUAUUAAUUAUAAAUUAUUUGAGGUACUUCUGAUACCAAAAAAAAAAAAAAAAAAUGUAGAUACAAACAUCAUUAUUAUUAAACAUAAUUUUAUAAAAUUACGUCCUACACAGUUUUAAAUAUCCUUCACUUGUAUGCAAAUACAAAUUUAAAAUAUUUAUGAACUUUAAAUUUGAAAUAAAAAUACUAACGAUAAAAUGUGUUAAUUAAAGAAUUGUGUUUAUUAACUUUUACCAGUGACUUUAUUGAGUACUUAUGCUGGACUCAACAGGUAGGUAAAUUAAUAUACUAUCACUUCUUCAUCGGAAUAAAUUUCGUGAUUAUUUACAAUAUGGCUAUUGUUAUUACGUAUGAGAUUCUUAACGAAUUAUUUGUCCAAAAUUAUAUUAUUCAAAACACGCACAGCCGCGUUGAUUGAUUUGGUAAACAAAAUAAAGUAUAUAUUAUUUAAAAACCAACGGUUCACGUUUAAUAUUUAGUGCUUAUUUUGGUGAUAAAUUCGCAAAAAUAAUAGUUCACGAAAUAUUUUUAGUUGUUUUGGAAAUGUAUUGAACAUUUAUUCGUCAAAAUAUCAAUUUCACACUAUAUACCAAGUCAAAAUUAAAACACUUUUCCGAUAAACUUCCGUUUUUCCAACUUUAUUUAACUGUUAUUCAUACAACUUUUGAGCUUUCGUGACAUUAAAAGAAAUAAAAGGUUUUGAAAAUGAAAAUAUUAUAACGUCUAAAUUUACCGCAGUUGUAAUAGUUAGCGGUUUUAUAUUUUAAUUUCGCCUAACCUUGUAGCAUAAUAUAGUACAUUAACUUUAUUGUUAUUUUUAACGUUGAUUUUUUUUUUUUUUUUAAUUUAACAGAAGAUAAUGUUAAUCUUUUCUUAAACGAAAAUUGGGAAGAAGUGUUAAACGAUUUCAAACCCGCCAUCACAGAAGCUUUAAGUGAGUAUUUCAUUACAAUUGCUCAUCAGUUCUUCAUUCGAAUUCCAUUAGAAAAAAUGUUUGUCGUCUAAACUUGUUUCCGGUUAAUGAUUGUUUAUUUAUUGCGAUUAUCGUUAAAAUUAUCUAUAAUAUAGGUAUAUUAUAUGAAAUCUGUUAAUCUGUGUGUGCGCGUAGACACUCUGUAGAUAAUCAUAUUAUUACGAUCGUCCGUCAACUCGUUCCCAUUCCAUCAAUAUUCGAGAAUUUUAUUUUGUAUUCCAAUUUAAUAUAAUACUAUCUAAUUAAGUCCGUCCGCAGUUUCCUCUUCCUGUUCACCAUAUCCUACACACUAUGCCAACUAAAACUAAUGAAGUUUUCCUCCUCCUUUAUACCUAAGUAUUUUUUUUAUAUAGCAAUAUUAUUCACAUGUUAAGAUUCUCUAUCCUCCACUUUAUUUUCCUCUAUUUGCCAAACUAUUAUUAUUAUUUUAUGUUAAGUAUUAGCUAUAAUUAUAUUGUUAAUUAUGUUCUGUACCAUUAAUCGUGUAUUUUUAAUUUAAAUAAAAUUAUUGUUUAAAAGUAAACGUG